UCCGGGAACGGCUGAAGAGGUUCCGGGGAAAGCGGGAGUUUCCGGAACGGCGGGGAAAAGAGCGGCUCGGGCUGCGGGAGAGGAUGAAGAAGGAGCAGGUGGCACGCUGCCAGUUCUCCGUGUGGUACCCGCUGUUCCGCGCCGUCACCAUCCGCAGUGUCAUACUUCCCCUACCAGAGAAUGUGAAAGAAUAUUUGCUGGAUGAUGGAACACUUGUGGUUUCUGGAAGAGAAGAUCCACCAACUCAAACCCCAGAGGGGAGUGAUGAUGCAGAAGAAAUACAGUGGUCAGAUGAUGAGAAUACUGCAACACUUAAGGCACCAGAGUUCCCAGAGUUCACAGCUAAAGUUGAAGAAGCCAUCAGUUCCUUAGGUGGCAGUGUUUUUCCUAAGCUAAACUGGAGUGCUCCAAGGGAUGCUUACUGGAUUGCAAUGAAUAGCUCUCUGAAAUGUAAAGCUCUAAGUGACAUUUUCCUCCUCUUCAAAAGUUCAGACUUCAUUACUCGUGACCUCACUCAGCCAUUUAUUCACUGUACUGAUGACUCCCCUGAUCCUCCCUUGAACUAUGAGCUUGUUCUUCGCAAAUGGUGUGAACUAAUUCCUGGUGCAGAAUUCAGAUGCUUUGUCAAGGAAAACAAGCUAAUAGGUAUAUCACAGAGGGACUAUACUCAGUACUAUGACCAUAUCUCUAAGCAGCAUGAGGAGAUCUGUAGAUCAAUACAGGAGUUUUUCAAGAAACACAUACAGUAUAAAUUCUUGGAUGAAGACUUUGUUUUUGAUGUGUACCGAGACAGCAGGGGUAAGAUUUGGUUAAUAGAUUUUAAUCCAUUUGGAGAAGUAACAGACUCACUGCUGUUUACGUGGGAUGAACUGACCUCUGGGAGAAAUCUGAAAGGCGACCAGAGUGAAGGGGAAGCAACAGAACAGGACUGUCCAGUUUUUCGUUGUACAAACAGUCAAGUUACUGUCCAGCCCAGCCCAUACCUGAGUUACCGACUGCCAAAGGAUUUUGUGGACCUGUCUACAGGAGAGGAUGUUCACAAAUUAAUUGACUUCCUUAAACUGAAAAGAAAUCAGCAAGACGAUGACUGAGAUAUCAAGAAGUGUCGCAGUGAAUUGUGGAACAAUUCAAUCACGAAAUGCAGAAAAAGCUGUGUUUAGGGAACUAUUAAGCUAAAGAAAAGCUGUCUUCUAUAGUCAACAAAAGAACUUAAAAGCUGGUUUAUAUAACAAUGUAGAAAGCUUCUUCAUGGAAACAUGGAGGUCAGGGUGAGAUCUUCUCGGAUUCCAGCUUAAAGGCCAUGGCACAGUGAUGCAAGCAGCAAUCUGAGCGCAACUGACUGCCUUCAUAUCACAUAAUGUAAAAAUGGAUGCUAUUGAAAUAUGCCUUUGGACUCUUUGGUUAUAAAUAGGACAGCAUUUAAUUCGUCUGCAGUUAAAACAUCAAGAAUUCUCUGAAUUUAGACACUGUCUUGCUUAAAACAUAGAAUAGCUACAAGGAAAAAAUUUUUUGUUCA